CUGAGUUGAUCCCACGUGUGACGAUUCCGUUCCCGGCUCAGUAAUAUUCUCCUAGUCGGGCUGUGCAUUGCUUUUGCAGUGUCUGUGUGUGUUUGUUACUGUAGUUACUGCCUAUAGUUUGGUUAGCUAUGGAAGGAGACGGGAGUCAAGUCACAUCUGGAAGCCCAAAUGAUUCACAACAUGACCCAGGUAAAAUGUUUAUUGGUGGCCUCAGCUGGCAAACCUCACCAGACAGCCUUAGAGACUAUUUUAGCAAAUUCGGAGAAAUAAGAGAAUGUAUGGUGAUGAGAGACCCCACGACAAAACGUUCCAGAGGAUUUGGAUUCGUUACGUUUGCAGAUGCUGCCAGUGUAGACAAAGUCUUAGCUCAACCACACCACGAAUUAGACUCAAAGACGAUUGAUCCUAAGGUUGCCUUCCCCCGACGCGCUCAACCCAAGAUGGUCACAAGAACAAAGAAAAUAUUCGUGGGCGGAUUGUCAGCCAACACAGUGGUGGAAGAUGUGAAGCAGUAUUUUGAACAAUUUGGGAAGGUAGAAGACGCCAUGCUUAUGUUUGAUAAAACUACUAACAGACAUAGAGGAUUUGGCUUCAUAACUUUCGAGGGCGAAGACGUCGUAGAGAAAGUCUGUGAAAUUCAUUUUCAUGAAAUCAAUAAUAAAAUGGUAGAAUGUAAGAAGGCCCAGCCCAAGGAGGUGAUGUUCCCACCAGGCACGCGAGGAAGGGCCAGGGGCCUGCCCUACACCAUGGACGCCUUCAUGCUGGGGAUGGGCAUGCUGAGUGAGUAUGGACCAACACUACUCCAGCACAGUCCAGCACACUACUCAGUUCCACACGGUUCUUAUACGCCAAAUCUCAUUAAAUCCUACGGUAUCACACCAACUGGCUACACACAGAGCUACGUUCAUCAGCUCCCAGGCUUCCCGGCGACGGCGUACGGACCAGUGGCGGCAGCGGCGGUGGCAGCAGCGCGUGGCUCAGGUAGGGGGGCCCGAGGAAAAGGCGGCUACAUGGCAUACCCGCAGAACACAGGACCAGGGGGAAACCCAGCUCGUCCUGGAGGCUUCCCAGGUGCCAACAGCCCAGGGCCUGUAGCCGACCUGUACGGCCCUGGAGGCCAGGACUCCAAUGUGGCUAACUACAUCAGUGCUGCUAGCCCCCAGGCUGGCUCCGGCUUCGGCCACAGUAUCGCAGGCCCGUUGAUUGCGACAGCUUUUACAAAUGGAUACCAUUGAACAGGUGUUCGGUUGCCAUCUUAUUGGAGCAGAGUCUAUCUGGUGGUCCAGGGAAGACAGACCGAACCUUCUAAUUGGCUCUGUGUACAGGUGAUGUCAUCCAACUUCAAGCACUACAGCAUCACCCAGGAGAAAUGGUGGAACCACAUUAAAAAAAUCAUCUCAGAAAGAAAAGAAAACUGCUGUACCAUAAUCCAAACCUGUAACCUGACAACCUGGUUUGUUAUGACAUUUCUUGAUGAUUUCAUUCACUUUUUUCCUUCCUUUUAUUAGUUGUUUGAUUAGCUUUACAGAGAGGCAUUUUGGUUUGAUCCUAAUUAUUUGUGUCAUUUUUAGAUUUUCUCUUGUAGUGUAUGUAAAUGGAUAUGCUUCUCUCUUCGGGGGUCAUAGUCGAGAAUGUACGAAGUAAUGUGUUCACAUUUCGUACCAAUUUGUUUAAUCAAAAAAGAUCAGAGCUUUAGGUGUCUUUUUGCACAUAAAAGAAAUCCAAAGUGGAAAGUCUUGGGGAAAAAACAUCCAUUUCAUUUCAAAUGAAAAUUCGAGAGGGUAACUAACUAAUAAAUCUUAGUAGCUGUUUUUAAUUAUUGUGAUGUCUCAUUGUUAACCAUAAUUACCUAUUUUUGGGCAAUACAAAGAGGACUUCAAUAUUUUUAUGGUCCUUUUUUACAAGUGUUGUUUUGUUGUUUAGAAAAAAAUAUGUAUACUAUAAAACAUUUCAUAUAAAUACAUUGUGAAUUCAAAGACUUAAGAAAAAGAAAUGUAACUGUAAAUACUAUUCCAGUCAUUGCAUAUAACCAACUCGAUGAGAGAAUAGCAUAUUUUUGUGAUGGUGUGUCAAAGAAAUGUUCUAGCGUGUGAAUAGAAAAAAAAGCUCUAAACAAAUACUAUUAUCCUUUACUGCUCAGAGACAGUGACUACCCCAGUGAUGGACACAACAUAUUUGAACACUGAUGGCUUGCUCUGUAAAUACUCAAGCUGAAUAACUUUACAAGUGUCAAACCAGUGCAUUUACAAGUGGUGAGUUCAGCGCACAGUUUUAAAAGGGAUAAAAGAUCAUUGGUAUCUUUUGUCUAACCAAGUGUUAUUUAAGAGAUCAAUAUUAUUUGAGUGAUCAUUUAAUCCAAAACACACUGUACUUAGUGUUGAAGAAUAGAACUUGAGCCUAAGCAUUUUACAGUACUCUGCGCAUCCAGACACUUUUAUACUCCUGAGAGAAAAACUCAACUUGUUGUUUUGUUGUUUGUUUCCUCCUGCUUGUUCCUCUUAAGUUUGGGACUCCAUCAGUUCUCUUUUGAAUGAAUUAGGAAGGGAAACAUUUUGAUACCAUACCUCAGCCCUGUGAGUUAUACCUUGGAAUCGUUGAGAGGUUUAAUUUAUUUUAGUGGCAAAUAGAUUAAAAACAUUGAAUGGAAAAAAAAUGUAUAAAUCAUUGCACUGUGAGCAGUAAAGAAAGAACAGGCCAUUUCCUAUUUGCACAUGUAUAUGUUGGCUAUUUAAAAUGGUCCUGUCUCUGGGGUGAAGUAUGAAGGAUUAUUGGAUGUUGCUCCUCUCUAGAAUAGGCAUACACAAACAGCUUGGCAAAUAGCAAUUAACUGAUUAAUUACUACCAAUGUGUUGUGGUCAUGUCUUUGGAUUUCAUUGUAUUGUGUAAGCCAACUUCUAAUCUAAAAUAUUGAUGCUAUUUUAGAUCCAGCCAAUAGAAGACACUGAAUAAAUUAUUCAUCCUGGUAACCAUAGCUGCUGCGCUAAUUUCUUACACAGUAUGUGUAGGGACAGGUUUUGCUCAAUUAUAGAGACAUUUAACGACAUGCUUUAAAGUGCAGUAAGAUUUGUAAACAUGAUGAUGGAAUGAGUGGUGUAUAUUCUGAUGUACUUUUCCUGCUGCAAAUGUAUUUGAUAAUUCAUUUCACCUGAUGUUUCAUUUCAUUAGCUCUUUGGUUCAGAACAACCAGGUGAAGGAAAAUGCUGGAUGCUUUUGAAUGAUGUGGAGAUAUGAUCAAGUAAUAAUUUAAAUGAGAAAACAGAAGAGAACCAUUGUAAUGUUCAAAUGUAAAAGGAAAAAAGAAAUACAAAACUUUAAAAAAAGAAAAAGAUGCUUCUUCACUGAUUUCAAUUUUGAAUCAGGGGAUUUUAUUGAUAUUUUUGUGGUUACUAAUUGUAAUAUGAUAUUAUUAAAAUGUACUGUGCAUCCAUCGAUUUCUCUCUUUCCAUUCCCUUCCCUGUCACCACAUACAAUCUUUUGUUGAUCAUCCAUGUAUAUCAAUAGUGUGUAUAAAAAAAAUAGCAAAAAAACUAACAAAUAUUAACUUGUAACAGAGUGCUGUCUUUGAUACCAGUGUAGUGGUCUAUGCUCUUUGUCAUUCUCUCUUUUUCUAGCUUUUUCCUCUCUCUGUCACAUUCUCUUCCCCUCUCUCUCGCUCUCUUACUCUCCUCUAUCUCCUUGUAAUUAGUCAUAGAUGUUAUGUAAUUAAGAUAAUACUUGUAGUUAUUAGUGGAUUUAUGACCAAUAAGGAUAGAACUUUCUCUUAUUAUCAAAAGUUUGACAUACAUUUGCAAACAGUUAUUUUAAUAGCAGUUCCAUGUCAUUUGUUCCUCGUAUGUCUUUGUGUGUGUGUGUGCUUUACCGAUCUCACAUGGUUUCAACUAACCAAAGCUCUCAUAGAAGAAUUAUAGAGAAUCAAAUUGCUGUAAGAUGAAAUUUUAAACAAGGCAUUAUUUGGAUCCCCUCCCUUGAAUGUUUAAAAGGGGUGUGUCAUACUACCUUAAAUGUUAACGCUAGAUAUGCAAAAUGUUUAUUUUUGAUUACUUUUUAAGAGGGACACAAGCUAUAAUUAGGAAAAAGAUUUUAUGUGAAAGCAAAAAAAAAAAAUAUUUUUAGAAAGUUCUAACAUAUUAAUGAUGAUUACUACAAUAAUAAUAAUAAUAUUAAUAAUCAUAACACUACUAAUAAUAAUAAACUGUAAUAUCUUUUAAUGUUUUUACACUAUAUCCCAGAUGCCUGUAUGGCUCUGCUAUUUUUGGAUACCACUCUGUUUUUGAAAUGUUUCUGCCUUUCAUUUUACUCAUAAAAACAUACUUUUUGUGAAUACUUUUUUAGUCCCUGAAAACCAGUGCUUUAUUCUAAUCAAAGUUAGGUUUAUGUUGUCUGUUAAUGUUGUUCUCACAGAUCUACACAGACAUGCUUAUUACGUCACAAGCUUUGUAAAGAAUUUGAGGUCAUCUAGCUUUUAGAUGCCAUUACAUACUUGGAGCAAAGAUGACACAGAAUGAAUCUUUCUAAUGAUUGUUUCUUAACUAGUGAAGGGGGUCAACACGGCAUAAACUUGAGAUACUCCUGAAGAUUGUCUUCAAUUAGUUCACCUGUUGUUGAAUGUCUUCAAACAGUAUUUCAGUUGGUUAGUAAAACUAAUGUGUAUAGCAAGGGGGGGGGGGGGGUUACAAUUGGGGAUGUACAUGUAAGCUUAGAUAUCCAUGUAUUUUCUCACUCGUAAUAGUUUGCAGCACUUGAAUAUAUGUAUAUAUUUCGACCUUUGUCAAGGAUUUAGUUAAUUGGACGACAGAGAAAGUCAAAUAUUAUGGGUGAAUUCAAUUAGACUUAUACAGGAGUUGAUAAUAAAAUAGUAUUUCUUAGUGUAAUCAGUUCAUAGAUGUACUGUCCAUAACAACAUGUUCACAAACAACAUGUUCACAAAGAAAUGAAAUGUAUGUGGAAUUGGCAGGAUGAAAUCAGCAGUACAUGGCCCUACAUAAAGGUCUUUAGCAGUUGGAUUGAAUAGAUAUGAGUAGCAUAUACUUACUAUAGCCUAUGAUACCAUUUCAAUGCCUUGACGAUCUUAGUCUAUAGUAGACACCUCCUUUGAUUAAAGUAAAGGCUGGUCAUCCCAUUUAAAUAGCUCAUUCCCCUUUGAUCUGUGUUCAAUAUUAGCUUGGACUUUAAGGUAGCAUGCCUCUGUUGCUGUAAUUUUCUUUUUCAUUGACAGCAGUUUACAGCUGAUGAAUGUUACACAUCUUACUAUACUAACAAAUCCAUUGGAAAAAUGUUGGUUUGAGAAAAAAUCUAAAAGGGGAAAAAAACGACCUGGAAGGUGUUGAUAUUUGGAGUGUACUACCGUGUUCAUUUAAACUUGAAUCUUGAGGCAAGUGCUAGGUAAUGGCCAAUCAUUUCAUGCCAUCAUCCAUGAAUCACCAUCUCCCCCAUGUUCAUUAGUCUGUGUACAGUACAUACAUGUUAUGUGUCUGACCUGUAUAUCCUUCAUGUGAACAUGUUUGACUAGAUGAGAAUAGUGAUCCCUCUGUAUUCUAGACACAGCAAAGCCCUAUCUCCCUUGGGUUUGUAUAACUUAGUAGCCAACACUGUUUUCAUCCCUCGCUGUCAAAAGAGUCAACGUUAUGGUGAGCUAGUGUGCUCAGUUGGCAUUGCAUUGUCUUCAAAAUUCAAAAUAGACCUUGUUCAGUGGUCUGGCAUAGGUAAUACAUUAUGAAUGACUGUUAACCAAUAAGUGAAACAUCCUCUGGUAUAGUUUGGAUACUCUUAACGUGUGUGGAUCAGAGUGCACGGUUGUUAUUCCAAUCUGUAGUAACGUAUGAGGAAAAGUGAGCAGUCUUCUAUGACUCCACAGCAUAAUGAGGCUAUUGUCCUGCCAUGUAACAUCCACUGUUUUCCAGUGUGGAGGAGCAGCCUUCCACUGAGCUAUCCUCACUAAUUUGCUGUCUGCUCCUGAUUUGCCUUGCCCAUUCCUAACACUUGCCCAUUUUUUAACGUUAACAGACUUUUUACGGCGAGAGACUGACAGAACUGACUGACGUCUGAAAGCAUCUUUCAGGUCUUCUUGUAUGGCUUGCUCAAGCCCUAUUGUAACAUAAACUCAAAUGGAUGGGGGUCUCUCACAUCUCAGAUGUGGAAAGUAUAAUUUUAUAUUUGUAUUUUCAAAUAAUAAUAAUGAUGAAAAAAAUGUUUGUGAAAGGUUUCCAUCCUCUACUGUGGUCCAGAAAUCGAUGUGUCUGUCUGGAAAAAAAAAUAAAAAAAAUAAACUGUUUUAUUCCUUG